CUCCCAACCGGCAGACAGUUGGAGUGGUGACCGUGUGGCCCGAAGCUUGCCUCGGCUCACGUCUCAUGAUGGAAAAUACAAAAAAAUGUUAAAAAAUAGAUAAAAUACUAAAAAAAACACGUAAAUAUUAUAUAUAGCAUAUAGUCGGUGAAGCAAGACUGACAGAGAGCACUGUCAACGUUGACAAGAAGACGCCUCUGAAGUCAUUUCCAAGGCAUAUACGACGGUCCGGCCAGGGCACCGGUCACCACUAUCGGAAUUCCAAGCAGACGCGCCCACAAGAUGAACCACAACGCAGCGCCGAGUUACCCCAUGGCCUCCCUGUAUGUGGGGGAUCUUCACCCUGACGUGACGGAGGCUAUGCUCUACGAGAAGUUCAGCCCCGCUGGACCCAUACUGUCCAUCAGGGUCUGCAGGGACAUGAUCACCCGCCGCUCCCUUGGUUAUGCCUACGUGAACUUCCAGCAGCCGGCUGACGCUGAGCGAGCCCUGGACACCAUGAACUUCGACGUGAUCAAGGGCAGGCCCGUGCGCAUCAUGUGGUCCCAGCGCGACCCCUCCCUGAGGAAGAGUGGCGUAGGAAACAUCUUCAUCAAGAACCUGGACAAGUCCAUUGACAACAAGGCCCUGUAUGAUACCUUCUCCGCCUUUGGGAACAUCCUCUCCUGCAAGGUGGUUUGCGAUGAGAAUGGAUCCAAGGGCUACGGCUUUGUGCACUUUGAGACCCAGGAGGCGGCCGAGAGAGCCAUUGAGAAAAUGAACGGCAUGCUGCUUAACGACCGCAAAGUGUUCGUGGGCCGCUUCAAGUCCCGCAAAGAACGCGAGGCUGAGCUCGGCGCUCGCGCCAAGGAGUUCACUAAUGUCUACAUCAAGAACUUCGGCGAGGACAUGGACGAUGAGAAGCUCCGCGAGAUCUUUGGCAAAUUCGGCCCGGCUCUGAGCAUCAGGGUGAUGGUAGAUGAGACUGGCCGCUCCAAGGGCUUCGGUUUUGUCAGCUAUGAACGUCACGAGGAUGCCCAAAGGGCGGUGGAUGAAAUGAAUGGCAAGGAGCUUAACGGCAAGCUGGUGUACGUUGGGCGCGCCCAGAAGAAGAUGGAGCGCCAGACUGAGCUCAAACGCAAGUUUGAACAGAUGAAACAGGACCGCAUGACUCGCUACCAGGGAGUCAAUCUGUAUGUGAAGAACCUGGAUGACGGAUUGGACGAUGAGCGCCUGCGGAAGGAGUUCUCUCCAUUUGGAACCAUCACCAGUGCCAAGGUGAUGAUGGAGGGCGGCCGCAGCAAGGGCUUCGGCUUCGUCUGCUUCUCCUCCCCCGAGGAGGCCACCAAGGCGGUGACCGAGAUGAACGGCCGCAUCGUGGCCACCAAGCCGCUGUACGUGGCCCUGGCCCAGCGCAAGGAGGAACGCCAGGCCCACCUCACCAACCAGUACAUGCAGAGGAUGGCUAGCGUGCGCGCCGUGCCCAACCCCGUCAUCAACCCCUACCAGCCCGCCCCGCCCUCGGGCUACUUCAUGGCCGCCAUCCCUCAGGCCCAGAACCGUGCUGCUUACUACCAGCCCAGCCAACUGGCACAGAUCCGCCCUGGCCCCCGCUGGGCCACUCAGGGCGUGCGCCCCCAGCACUUCCAGGGCAUGCCUGGCAACAUGCGCCCAUCUGGACCUCGUCCCCAGACCCUCGGCGGCAUGAGACCCGCUGCUGCCCAGGUGCCACGUAUGGUGACCUCUCAGCGCAUGACUUCUCAGACUCUGGGCCCGCGUCCAGCUGCUGCCUCCGCCGCCACUGGGGCUCCAGUGCGCGGGGUCCCCCAGUACAAGUACGCCGCGGGGGUGAGGAACCCCCAGAUGGGAGCCCAGCCCCACUCUGCCAUGCAGCAGCCUGCGGUCCAUGUGCAGGGCCAGGAGCCCCUGACCGCCUCCAUGCUGGCUGCAGCACCCCCACAGGAGCAGAAGCAGAUGUUGGGAGAACGCCUGUUCCCUCUGAUCCAGAGCAUGCACCCCAACCUGGCCGGCAAGAUCACCGGCAUGCUGCUGGAGAUCGACAACUCAGAGCUGCUCCACAUGCUCGAGUCCCCGGAGUCUCUGCGCUCCAAGGUGGAUGAGGCGGUGGCUGUGCUGCAGGCCCACCAGGCCAAAGAGGCCGCUCAGAAGUCUGUCACCGGCACAGCAGUGCCGGCCGUCUAAAGACAAAAGGAUUUGGAAUGCUACAGCUUGCUUCACCGAUGCAACGAAAUUUAAAAAAAGAGGAAAAAAAAGAACAUUGAAAACAAAAACACAAAACAUUGGAAAAUACUAAAAUCAAGAAAACAUUGCAAAAAGGAAACAAAAAUGCUAAAAAACUGAAAGAAAUGAAGAAUGGUUUGCCAGGUCUGGGAAGAGAAACAUCCAAGAUAUCCAGACCUUGAUUUAUUUACAUAGAAAAAUCAAAAACUUUGAAAAAACCUUUAAAAAAAAUCAAAAACUUAAAAACCUAAAAAAUUAGGAAAAACUGCAAAAAUUUUGUUUGAGAAAUUGUUUUGAAAUGAAAGGUUUAUUCUUUUUUCCCAACACUAAAUGGAUGCACAGAAUAUCGUGUUUGGAAUGGCAAGCUUACAUGAUAGCUGAGCACAUGAGAGAAAUGUAUGUGAAUUGAGAAACGCUUGCAUUAAUAAAGUCUCAAACAUUA